GGUCUCAUCAUUUGCACUUCCCUAGCUAGCUCCUAAAACCAUGGCUCCUCCCCACUUUCUCCUCGUAGCGUACCCGAGCCGCGGCUCUAUAAACCCGACCCUCCAGCUAGCUGAGCGCCUCACACGCGCCAGCGGUCGCAUCACUUUCUUCACCACCGUGUCCGCCCACCGCCACAUGAUCGAUCCGGUUCGCCUUGAAGGUGUAACCUUCGCCACAUUCUCCGAUGGCUACGACGAUGGGUGUGAGCUAGGGGAUGACAUCGAUCACUUCAUGGCCGAGCUGAAGCGGCGGGGAUCAGAAGCUCUCAGAGGCCUCAUUGAGUGUAGUUCUGGACGAGGCCUCAGGUUCACGUGUGUACUCCACACGAUGAUCCCUUGGGCCGACGACGUUGCUCGUUCCCUUCAGAUCCAAUCAGUUCUCGUUUGGAUUCAACCGGCGACUGUGUUCGGCAUAUACUACCAUUACUUCAAUGGCUUUGAGGACGUGAUUAAGAAUGUUACGAGACAAAGCUGUGAUACAACAUCACUAAUACGAUUGCCCGGCCUACCACCACUAACCAACCGCGACCUCCCCUCCUUUUUCAACCUCGAAAACAAGUAUGCUUUUGCUCUCCCGCAAAUGCAACGCCAAAUGGAGCAGCAAAAAGAGGGGACAAAUCCAAAAGUAGUACUUAUGAACACCUUUGAUGCGCUCGAACUCGAGGUAUUAAGGGCGGUCGGUACACUGAAUUUGGUCGGAAUCGGGCCCCUCGUCCCGUUCCAAUUCCUAGAUGCACAGGAUCAUAAUUCUUCAGAUAAAUCUUUGAGAGGCGACCACUUUCGGGGCUCCGAGGAGUAUGUUCAAUGGUUGAAUACAAAGAAGGAAGCGUCUGUAAUUUACGUAGCCUUUGGAAGCUUAGCGAAGUUCUCGAAGGCGCAAGAGCGAGAAAUAGCGUGCGGAUUGCUAGAGACCAGCCGGCCAUUCUUGUGGGUGAUGAGAAAGAGCGAUGGAGAUGAUCACGAACUCAUUCACAAAGAGGAAUUAGACAAGAGAGGAGUGAUAGUCCCAUGGUGCUCUCAAAUCGAGGUCUUGUCACAUCCUUCGAUAGGGUGUUUCUUCACUCACUGUGGGUGGAACUCAACACUCGAGAGCUUGGCAUGCGGCAUUCCGAUGGUGGCAUUCCCUCAAUUUACCGACCAGAUGACAAACUCGAAGCUUGUUGAGGCCGUGUGGAAGGUCGGGGUGCGAGUGCCCGAGAUUAAUAGAGACGACAUCGUUGUCGAGGGAGGCAAAAUUAAGAAGUGCUUGGAGUUGGUCAUGGGUGGUGGAGAGAGAGGCGAUGGAAUCAGAAGGAAUGCAAAGAAGUGGAAGGGUUUGGCCAAGGAGGCUUACAAGGAAGGUGGAUCUUCGGACAAAAAUCUCAAAGCCUUUGUUGAAGAAUUCACUAAAGUACAGGAUCAAAAAAUGGAUUGAUUUGUGAUAAAAUGUUAUAUGCUAGCUUGAAUUUAUAUGUUCGUACCGUUGUUUAAAUGUGCAUGAAUCUUUGAAAA